CAGCUCUUACAGAGACGGUCAGGUCUUUUCUCACACACACACUCCUGCUGCCAGAAUGACAGACGGAAAGAUGGAUGAGACUAAGAAAAAGAGGAAAAAGACGGCGGAGUGUUGUGGAUAUCCCAUCAGCAUCUUCUUCAUCGUGGUCAACGAGUUCUGCGAGAGGUUCUCCUACUAUGGCAUGCGAGCGGUGUUGGUGCUGUAUUUCCGGUAUUUUCUGCUGUGGGACGAUGACCUGGCGACCUCCGUCUAUCAUGCGUUCGUGGCGCUGUGUUACCUGACGCCCAUCAUGGGGGCCAUCAUCGCCGACUCCUGGCUCGGGAAGUUCAGGACGAUCAUAUACCUGUCAGUAGUGUACGCGGUGGGUCAGGUGGUCAUGGCCGUCAGCACGAUUCAUGACAUCACAGACGCCGACAGAGACGGCACGCCGGAUAACUUCACCUUACACAUCGCUCUGUCCAUGCUGGGUUUGAUCCUCAUUGCUCUGGGCACAGGAGGUAUUAAACCGUGUGUGGCUGCGUUUGGUGGCGAUCAGUUUCAGGAACAUCAGAGUCGCCAACUCAACACAUUUUUCUCAGUGUUUUAUUUGUGCAUCAACGCAGGAAGUCUUCUCUCCACACUCAUUACUCCUGUUCUCAGAGCUCAGGAGUGUGGCAUCCACACACAGCAACAGUGUUAUCCUCUGGCCUUCGGGGUCCCAGCCGCUCUCAUGGUCAUAUCUCUGGUGGUGUUCAUCGCUGGCAGUGGCAUGUACAUCAAAACAGAUCCAGAGGGAAACAUUAUCUGGGCCGUGUGUAAAUGCAUAGGGUUCGCCAUCAGGAACCGUUUCCGGCACAGAAGCAGCGCUCAUCCCAAGAGGGAGCACUGGAUGGACUGGGCCGAGGACAAAUAUGAUAAACUCCUCAUCGCUCAGAUUAAGAUGGUGUUGAAGGUGUUGUUCCUCUACAUCCCCCUGCCCAUGUUCUGGACCCUGUUUGACCAAAAGGGCUCCCGCUGGACUCUCCAGGCCACCACCAUGAGCGGAGACUUCGGAGCGUUCAUCCUUCAGCCGGACCAGAUGCAGACGGUGAACCCUAUCCUGAUCCUGACCCUGGUGCCCAUCAUGGACCGCGUUAUAUUCCCGCUCAUCAAAAAGUGUGGCCUCGACUUCAGCCCUUUGAAGAGAAUGACGGUCGGCAUGUUGUUCGCUGCCUCGGCGUUUGUUUGUGCAGCUUUAGUCCAGAUAGAGAUCGACAAAACAUUACCCAAUUUCCCAUCGUCCUCUGAGAGCCAGCUCAAGGUGGUGAACAUGUACAACAGUUCAGUGAACGUGACCAUCUCACCCAAAGACACUCUUCUGAUAGACUCAUUGGAGAGCAGUGCAGGGUAUGUGACAUUGGAUCACCAGGACAUCACAGUGUCCUUAAACACAAGUCCUGUGACCACUAAAGCUUUCAGUUUAAUUAAAGGAGGCCGCCAGACCCUCGUCAUCCCCUCUGACCCAUCCAUCAUGUAUCUGCAAGAAGACCUAAAGUCCAAACCAAGGGAAGGAAAGAAUGCCAUUAGGUUUGUGAACGGCUGGACAGCGGAUCUGAACAUCACUACCUUCAGUUCUGAACUGGAGCCAUCCGUCACUUCAAACUACUCUCUGGUUAAUCAGGGGACACGGAAGUUCGUGCUCAGCAACGGCGCGCAGUCGUGUGAGUUUUCUCAGAAGUUUGGAUUCGGUUCUUCAUACACGUUCCUCGUCCCCAGCACGCUGUUCUCCACUGAUUGUAAGUCUAUAAAGGCCGUUGAGGACAUUCAGCCCAACUCGGUCCACAUGGCUCUGCAGAUUCCUCAGUACUUCCUCAUCACUACAGGAGAGGUCAUGUUCUCCGUCACCGGCCUGCAGUUCUCCUACUCACAGGCUCCAAAGAACAUGAAGUCCGUGUUGCAGGCCGGCUGGCUGUGCACCAAUGCCGUGGGAAACAUUAUUGUGCUGAUUGUGGCAGAGCUGGGAAAGCUUCCGAAACAGUGGGCAGAGUAUGUGUUGUUUGCGUCCCUGCUUGUGGCUGUGAGUAUCAUCUUCUCCUUCAUGGCGUAUUUCUACACCUACAUUGACCCAGCUGAGAUUGAGGCUCAGAUCAGGAGGGAGCAGGGGCUUGAGCCAGAGGAAGAGAAGAAAGAGACACUAGAAAUGGAGGACAAAGAUAAAGAGCAGAAGAAUGAGCAGGAGCUCAAACAUACCAAGCUAUGAGAUACUAUGAUAUGAAGACGACUGGAUUGUUAUAUGUUAAGAUCUACCCUUUAGUUCCAUAUUUAUGUAAAUAAAAUGACUGUGAGCAGACCUUGUUGUCAAAUUCAGUGUUACUGUAUUGAUAAGACCCUACUGAGUGAACAAUCGGAUGUAUCAUGAAAAAUUCUGUAGUGUAAAACCUUCUGUCGUAAUAUUUUUAGACAUGGUUUAAAAUGCAAAUGGUCUGGUUAGGGUAAGAUUUGUUAAGCUAAUAAACAAGGAACUAUGAAACAAA